AUGUCGAAAUUAGCGGUUUCUCAUCCGCCGUUCUUCAAUGAUAGUACGGUGGAUAUUCCCACGCCAGACAAGUUCGCAGGAUUUACGGAAACAGCGGAAGUCGGAUGGGGAUCUCCAAAUGUAAGUUGGCGGGUGGCACCUGCUCUCAAUAUAAUUGUCAACGGCAUCCACCGACGCGCGACCAUUGAUACCGGAUCUACAGGCGCCUUGAUGGAUAAGUCUUUCCUUCCCACUUUCGACCCCGAAGAAGUUGAAGAAGGACAUGUGUUCUACUCAUCGUCGAAAAUUCUCGAAGAAGGUUAUUGGGUUCCGGAUGUUGAAAUCGAAUAUUUCGGACCAAGGGGGGUUCGAAUUAUGUCCAAGACUCCAGUUCUUGCAGUUGAAAGAGCAGUCAGUUGUCCUCAGUUCAACCAGACCCUUCACGGACACCGGUGUCCUAAGAAUGCCACAAAGGGAGUUGUUAAGAGAGCAGUGCAGCAACCAUAUUUUGGUAUUGGAUUCGGAAGAGACCGGGAUACAUCGUCUCAAGCCACGCCGGAUCGAAACCCGAUGAUUAAUAUCGUUUCUAUUAAUAAUGUUACCAUCGACCGGACCAAAUAUCAUCCCGGUUAUAUCAUCACCCAUCGGUCUAUCAUCGUCGGCUUAACAAGCAACAACACCGAGGGAUUCGUAACUAUGGAUCUUGAAAAGGGGCCAAACUGGGAGAAGGGCCAACGAGCAUGGGCUGGACCUAAGGUGUCUGUUGCUCUUAAUAAUGAGACUUAUGCGAAAGGCUCCCAGUGUUCCCUUCUUGUUGAUACCGGUGUUACACAGAUGUACUUAAAGGCUGGGAGGGAAUUUCAACCUGAUGACGAGAUCAAAUUUGCGAUUCCGGAUGAGGAGAGCCCGGUUGCGACUUAUACGAUUACGAACGGGGGUCGGAGGAAUGCGAUGAGCCCAACCAAGGUUUUAAAUAGCACUAGCCUUACACCCUACGUCAACACUGGGAGGAGUUUCUUGACCAAAUUUGACGUAUUCUUCAACCCAAUUGAGGGCCAAUACGGACUGAGAUUCAAGGGUAGCGGGGAGGAAGAUUUCGUGAAGUUUUAUCCCGUCUAG